CUUUUUCUACCUUUGUUUGACAAUAUGUGUCAAUGAAACGUGGUCUAUCUGUUCUAUAAAUAAUUUAUUGCAACCAAAAAUUCUUUGGUUUUAUCGUGAUUAUUAAUUAACAAAAUGCAGGACAUACAAGUAGACGAUUUCCUCCCUGCCAAAAAUACUGUAAAGAUCAAAAAUCUUAAACGAAGAGAUAUUUCAGAAUCUGGCGAAACCAUGGAAGUUGAAGAACACAAUGGAAUCCAAAGCAAACCCAAAUUACGUCGUUCAAGGCACAAGAAGAAGAAAACUAACUCCGAACCGAAUGAAUCUAAGGACAACUUGAGAAAAGUACCAGUUCCUGCACACAGGUAUACCCCUUUAAAGGAAAACUGGUUGAAGAUCUUCACCCCCAUUGUAGAACACCUACUGCUGCAAGUGAGAUUCAACACGGCUACUCGCAAUGUUGAAAUCAAAGUCGGCCCUGAAACCAAAGACGUGGCUAACUUGCAAAAGGCUGCUGACUUUGUGAAGGCGUUUGUCUACGGUUUCGAUGUGGAAGAUGCGCUGGCCCUACUCAGAUUGGACGAUUUAUUUGUCGAGACCUUUGAAAUUAAAGAUGUGAAGACGCUCCAAGGAGACCACUUGGGCCGUGCCAUCGGUAGACUGGCGGGGAAAGCAGGACGGACCAAGUUCACGAUUGAGAACGUAACGAAAACCAGGAUCGUAUUAGCAGACUCUAAGAUACAUAUAUUGGGCAGUUUUCAGAAUAUCGCGUUGGCAAGGAGAGCUAUAUGUAACCUUAUUAUGGGCUCGCCUCCUUCUAAAGUGUACGGCAACCUGAGGAAUGUCGCUAACAGAGUCGCUGAGAGGUUUUAGUUGUAAUAAAAUUGUAUAUUUAUGUUAA